GAUUAUGUGAGGGAUUUCAAACCAGGAUUAGGCCAUUGGGCUAUAGACAGCAUGGGGGCUGCGUGAGCUUUUGCAUCACAGGGGUGUGUUAGGGUGCAUGUGUGUGUGUGUGUUUGAGCGGGAGGGUGUCGUGCAUCCCAGAGGCCACGGUGUGCAGCUUGUCUCCACUUGGCUCCAUUGUCUUUGGCACGGACCUUCAAACAUGAACCUGUUCUGCUUCACACUGGAGGGCUCCACAGAAAGCAUAUAUGAACCAGCCUAUAGCCAAACACUAAAGGAAGUCCUACCCAAGUACCAGUGCAGCCCUGCUCUUCUGAGGCGUAAACCUGAAUGGGGCGGCUCAGAUCCAUUCAUCAAUUGUGGUCGUCCUCAGAGUACAAUAAAAGUAAAAAGGAAUAAUAGAAGGUCGUGUGUGCCAACAUCGCCCUUGGACAAUGACACAUUAGACAAAGACAUUAAGCAUGCCUGCUGGAUGUCAUCAGGUGACAAGAAGGACUUAUCUCAUCAAAUGAAAGUCCAGAACAGAGAGAUGUGUAAAGCUCCCUGUCAGAGCAGCAUGUUGACAAGAGAUGACAGAGAGAAGGAGCUGAACUCUGACAGGACGCAGACAGAUCUACCAGCUCAGGGCGGUGAAACUGUAGCUGACACAGCAGAAUCAAUACACACCACAGGAAAACUAAAGAAGUUACAGAAUCUGGUGCAAACAAAGAAGGGACAUCAGAGCGGAGCUGGAAAAGGGAAGAGUGCAUCUGAGAAUAAUGAUCAUCUGGCAGGUGGGUCGGCUAACAGCAAUCCAGUGCUAACCUGCAUCAGGCUGGGGAGGAGGACAGAGAAGAAGCCCUCUAAAACUGCUCCAACACCACAGCAGCAGCAACAACAGGCCAAAGAUGUCCAUGAAGAUUCAGAGGAGGAAGGAGUUUGGAACCCACUUGAGUGUCCACAGCCCUGGACUCCCUUCUACCACACCUGUCACCAACCUCGACAUGAACUGUGGGUCUGCGGUGGCACGACAGAAUGGGAUCGUUUUGAGAGUUUGAUACAGGAACUGGACAGCAAACAGUCUGAUCUGUCUCCUACACAAACGAUCUGCUCAAUCACAGAUCUGCAGCUCUCACAAAAUACAUUGACAAGAUUUGGGAGAUUUGACGUCUUCAAACAGCACUCGCCUUUAAUGAAACCACAGGAUAAUAGAAGCUCUCUGCAAAAGCAGGAGCAGAAUGGUGAUCCAACCAGACUGCGACUGCAGAGGAGGGAAAUGGAGACCUCAUCACAUAGUGACAGGAAGCACGUCAAGGCCUCGCCAGAGAAAACGCUGACAGCCAUCGUUAAUGGAAACACACAGAAAGAUGAAGCAGAGAAGAGGGAAGUUGGUGGUGGAGGACCAUUAACUAAAGGACACAGGCGGUCCAGUAACCUGAGCCUCUACAGCAUCAACAGUGGACAAAGCUCCUCAAGUGGAGUCACCAGUGGGUCAGGCUGCUCCAGUAACAGAGACAGUCUGAGGCUGGAGGAGGAUCUAUUGUACACAAAACAGUUCUGUGGCAGAGCCAGAGUCCAUACAGACUUUGUGCCAAGUCCAUAUGACACAGAAUCCCUCAAACUCAAGGUGGGAGAUGUGAUUGACAUCAUCGCCAAGCCCCCAAUGGGAACAUGGACAGGCAUGCUGAACAGUAGAAUGGGAAAUUUCAAGUUCAUUUAUGUGGAUGUGCUAACAGAGGAGAGUCCUGAUACACACAAGGAAACACAAACCCACAGAGUGAGACAGAAAUCAACUGUCCAGGAAGUGUUAAAGCUCCUCAGUUUGGAGGAGUAUUCCUCGUCUCUGCAGCUGAACGGUUAUCAAACAAUAGACGACUUGAUGAGGCUGAGGGAGCAUCACCUGACGGAGCUGAAUGUGACUGAUCCGGAGCACAGGCAUCGUCUGCUCGCCGCUGUCAACUCCCUGCAACAAAUGCGCUCUCAUAGUCAGGUGGAGAAUGAGGCCAAUCAGGAGGACAAGACCCCCAGCGAGAACACGAAGGCAGAUAUGAACAACUGCCCAAGAGACUCCGGCUGCCACAUGCCAUCUGACAGCCUCGCCAACAGCACAGAGGACACAGACCUUCACUGCAUCUCUGAAUACCCUCUACCAGCUGAGACAACAGCUCCAUGAGCAUAAUCCUUUCUUUCCAAUGCAUGCUUUAUUCCUUAUGUUGCUGUUGAGAUGACUUGUGAAUCAAAAGCUGUUUUUCUAUUUCUUGCAACAGUGUAAUUUCUAAUUAUGUACAAAAAAAUGACCAUGCUGAGCCUUUAACACAGCUAAUCCUCAACUCCACUACUGGACGUGUGUCUAUAAAUUGUAAGAUUAUCAAUUGUUUCCUGAAAUAAAAUAUUUUAUGAAUCUGU